CGAGGGGCAAAUAAUAAAAAAACCAAAGAAAAGAGGUACUCCAAAAUACGCCGGCAACUCGGCUGAAUCGCAAAACCCUCACCCUGUACCUCCUAAAACCCAAGCAGACCCUCGGCUGCCACAGCGGAACUCCGAGCUGCAAUGGCGUCAAUCGAGCUUCUUCUCUCUAAAGCGCGUCGCCACUAUCCUACCAAAAUCCCACCUUCUCUAUCUCCUUUUCUCCGCAAUCAUUUUCACAGGUUCCUCUCUUCUUCACCUGAAUCGGCGCCCGACAAUCCUGUUCCAAAGCCAAACGCCAGAACGCCGAUCCAAGUCCAACCCGUUUCAUACAAACCCAGAGACCCUCCUCAAUCCCCGCCAAAGGAUUCUUCUCAGUCUGAAGCUUCCUAUAAUGCCAGACGCCCGGCUGAACCCAAUGCCCAGGACCAGAUUAACCCGGAAGCGCGGACGUGGUCACGAGAAGAUCUUCGGUACCUGAAGGAUAUGCCUACAAUGUCUACGGUUUCGUACCCGACCCGCGUGGCUCCUUUGCCUGAAGACCGGAUGAUGGCAGAAGGGGAGGGUCAGGAGGAGAGAAAGGAGAGGGGCGAUGCGGAGUUGGAGAGAGAGGCGAGAAGAAUCCAGAAUGAGCAGCGUUUUGCGGCGAUGAGUAGGAUCAGGGGUGAGGUAGAAAUGGUACCUUUUCCGACCUUGAUUAAGGUGGAGGAGAAUGAUAAGGCCAAAGUGAAGAGCGUUUAUGAUCUCAAAGAAGCCAUUCGUCUUGCAAAGUCUAAUGCAAGGACGACAUUUGAUGAAACUUUGGAAGCACAUGUUAAGUUGACUCCAGAAAUGCGUCGAAGUGACCUGAAACUUGAUGGUUCAGUGCGACUUCCUCAUGGUUGGGGAAAGAAAUUUCGAGUGGCUGUCUUUGCUGAAGGAGCAGAUGCAGAUGAAGCUCGAGCGGCAGGAGCUGAUAUUGUUGGUGGUUUGGAGCUUAUACAGAAUAUUAAAAAUGGGAGUGUAAAGAUUGAUUUUGACAAGUGUUUGGCAACUCAUGCAAUGAUGCCAAAUUUGAAACAGAUUGCAAAGUAUUUGAGACAGUUGAUGCCAGACACUAAAAAAGGUACUGUUAUAAAAGAUGUUUCAAAUGCAGUGAAGGAAGCAAGGGAUCAAGGUAUUAUGUUCAAAAAAGACAAAACAGCUAUCGUGCAUGUGGGCCUUGGGAAGUUGAGUUUUGCAGAAGAGGCUCUUUGUGAAAAUGUCGGUGCAUUUGUGAAUGCCCUUUUGCUUGCAAAACCUGCUGGCUUGAAAAAGAGUUCAAAAUAUGCUGGUUAUGUGAAUGCCUUCCAUAUAUGCAGCACUAUGGGACAAUCAUUCCAGGUUUCAAUACAAUCAUUAUCCAUAGCGGCAGACCGAUACACUAGAAUGCAUCUGCAAUGAUCCCAUCAGCUGUGCGCCAAUUUUCACUGGCUCUUCCAUUGUACUUAAAAUGUUUCAUGUUUUCACUCCCUUUAAUGGUUAGGGACUUAGACUUCUUUUGAUCUAGAAUAGCUGCAUUAUCUCUCUGUUUAUCUUUUUCUUUUUUUGAAAAAAAUAAUUUUUUUUUUAUCCAUAUGACUAAAUCCUCUGAAGGUCCUAAUUAGGUGCAGUAGUAGAGUCACUAGAGUGGCAGAAAAGAAAGGACAAGAUGUUGUUUUUCUACUUCAUUGAGCUCUUAACCUGAGCGUGAUUGUACUGUAUGUCUGUA